UAUAUCAUGUGUCUUGUGAACCCUGGCUCUGCCAGGCUUUCGAUCAGAUGUGGAUUGGCUAAAUAACGCCUUUACUGUUAUGUGCAAUUUAUCCCAGGUAUGAUUUUUGCGUGGUUACAAUAUCAUGAUUAUGGUUAAAUAAUAAAAAUAAGAUCAUCGUUAAAUAAGUUAUUUAAAUAUCAUAACCAAAUUAGGCUACAUUUAUAUUAAUAUGAAAUAUUUCAGCACAUCAGAUAUAAUCACAAUUUCUAUACAUUAUAGUAAAAAGACUUUAUAGAAAAAUGUUAAACUAUAAAUUUUAAAAGUUUUAAAAAUGUAACAAUAUAAUAACCUCAGAGGUAAUUGGAGGUGAAAAACAAUGUCACGUGGCGUGGUUGUAGUAAUACGUCUUAAAGGAUAUAACAAAAAUUAUUCUUUUAAUACAGGAACUCAGCAUCAACACACAUAGAACAUUUAAUAUGUUAAGGACCGCCAAGGGAGAACGCAACAGACAGGGUGUAAAAGCACAGGGACAUAAUUGGGAGAACAAAAACAGGUAUUGUCAUGGCAAUCCAGCACAAUACAAGUGAAAUCCAAAACCGAAAGUAUUUCUGUCAGGUUUCUCUGUGGUUCAGUCAUGUGCACAAGCAGAAGACUUUCUGUUUCUGUUUGACCUGACUGGGACCUGAAGUCACGAUUUUGACAUUCUGUACGAGGGCAAGAUGACAGAUGAACUCAUUGCAAUAGAGUCGGACCUCAUCGAGUUCGAUGAGGACAUGGAAGAACUGUCGGCACCUGAGUUUGUGUGUCACUGUUGCUACGAUGUCCUCGUAGAUCCUACUACGCUUAACUGUGGCCAUAGUUUUUGUCGCCAUUGUCUGGCAGAAUGGUUGCAUUCCUCUCAACGGAACGAGUGUCCAGAAUGCAGAGAGAGGUGGCAGGGCUUUCCCAGAAUUAACAUCCUCCUUCGGGAUGCAGCGGAGAAGAAGUUUCCAGAUAAGAUAAAGAGACGGAGGACGGCUCUCCAGAGUGACCAACGGUUCCAUUAUUUUCUCCAGAUAUUCCAAAAGUAUGGGCAGGUACUGAAGCAACAAAUUCCUGUAUCACAAGGCCUAGAACAAGCUAUACAAUACAGCUUUUGUUCUGGAGUCAUGGUGGCAUUGAUGUGCAUGGGGGUUAUAUUGUUUCGAUAUUACUGGGUCAGCACUGAAUCCGAUUAUGACAUCUUGGUUCAGAAGCCAAUCAACAGGUGGAAACCCCAUGAUGUCAUUCUGUGGGUGGAGCAUCUGGGUCCCUGGAGCAAUCAGUACAGAGAAACGUUCCACAAAGCACAAAUUAAUGGAAGUUUCUUGGCUCAUCUCAGGGAUGAAGAACUGUCUGCUUUUCCGUUUCAUGUUAAGAAUCCAUCGCACAGACAGGUCAUUCUGGAGGAAAUCCGGAAAAUCAAAGACCACAAAGUCAAACUACCCCAAAACCUCUGGGAGUACAAGGCUGCAAAUUUAGGAAAAUCGCUGUUCCUCCAGUUUGGCCUGAGAGAAUUUCCACGCGUCACUUUCCUCUACUUGUACCUGUUUGAUUAUGAAGACACCUUUCUACCCUUCAUACACACCUGCUGUCCUGCAUACAUAACGAAUGCAAUGCAGGAUAUCCCACCUGACCACGUACCGGAGCCAAGCCAACGUCAGUGGGUGGAGUUUCGUGUGAAGGUUUGUCUGAUGCCCUAUCUGCUACUGGUUGACUUUGCUUGGCAAUGGCUGAGCGUUCAUUGCUGGAUAUCAUGGAUUGUGAUUGGUAAUUCCAUGGUGAUGUCAGUAAUGGAGUAUGUUUAUGUCUGGACACUGUGGAGAAGAAGACAGAUGAGAACUCUUCCUAAGACGAUUCUUCAGAAGACGCUCAAUAUGUUCUUCGUUGUGCUGCUGUGGCCCCUGAUGCCUCAGUUCUUCUGUGACUUUGAAUUCUACUGCGGACUCUUUUUCAGCUCGUUCAUUUAUAUCUCUGUUCGGAAACCUUUUCUUAAGCUGGCACAGGAAUAAAGACCUAAAUACGUUAAGAUUUUUUUUUCUUACAACAGCACAAUUACUAUUUCUGUUCCAAAAUACACAUGCUUGAAUGUAAUGCAUCUCUAUUUAGAAAUCUUUUUUAAAGCAGGUACAGCAAUAAACAUCUAAACAAAUUACA